AUGUCGCACAAGGUCGACCUGGGACACGCCGUUUUUGGGGACCCAGCCUCCCAAUUACAGGUACAAUUCACCGCUGUCGGAAGAUUCAAACGCCCGAUGGUUUCCCCUUUCGAGAGCUCAGGGUUUAAUGAGACCCAGCUGCCCGAACUGUUGACAGCGUGGGUCACCGAAGCACCGGAGAUCGAGCUUCGUUUCGACAUCGACAUUACUCCAUGUCUGGAGCGGACCUUGACAAUAUUUGUCACGAGUAUAGAAAACGCCAUAUGCAGCUCGAAGGUCUGGCCGGAUCUCGGAUUCACGAUCAUCUUCAAGAGUUGCGACUAUUCCAACAACGACAACGGCUUCAUGAGUAGCAUCCUCACAUUCGGGAUUUGCAGAGAUGUUUCUACACCGGGCCAGUCAUCUCGCCGAAAGCUGCCAUCGAUACUGAAGAACCCACCCAGUGCUCAUCCGCCGCCGGACGUCCCAUCGGCGACCCUGGCCGCAAUCGAUAUACACCUACAUUACGCAUUUCCACCAGGAUUUGAAAAUAAAUGUGACGAGGCGGAAAAUUUUUCAAGCCAGGUAUUUAGCGAAAGGAACUUGGAUGGCUUCGUCGAUUUUGUCAAUCCCAUGCAACAGCAUUCAAUACCACACAACAAAGGGGCUGAGAAACACUCCAUGUCUCUCUACAGAUUGCUGGAUGCUGGUCUUCAGAGACUUCUUCUUCCAGCCUCGAAGAAGGUUUCCCGAAUAGUGAUGGUUGGCGAUGGUCGUUUGGGCAAAGUGCACGAGCUAGCUCCAGCAGCUCUCAGCCCGAGCUAUCGUCAAGCAAUGGAUCAACGAGGUGUCUCUAUUCCGAUCAUCUCCAAGGCCAUAGCUUCGAUGAUUGAAGGCAGCCGGAGCCCUGAUAUAGCAGACCAGAUGAAAAACUUGUUGCGCCGUAUUGACACUUCGCUAAUCGACUCAACACCUACCUCUUCUGGACCGAGCUUGAAUGAUGCCAUAAAGUCAUCUUUGUGGCGUAUCUCCCAAACAAAGCUCCGAAAGAUGAAAGCCCCUAGACUGACAACUUCAUUCUUCCCUGAUUUUUCUGGGUCGAUGAGUACAGAUCCAGACGACGACGGAGACAUUUGUAUGCUAUUUGAAUUUUCAAAGGACCUCGAUGAAGUCUUGGAAGUCAACGAUUAUGAUGACCUUUUCCCACCUACUUAUGCAAAUACAUCUCAAGAAAUGACCGGGGAAUUGAAUGACUUGAUGGAAGAAAUAUGUAUGGAAAUGGACAGCGAAUCGAGCUUCCGCGAUAUCUCCAGUUCGAGUCCAGCAACAACGUUCAGCAUUCCUACAAGUUGCCAACCUCUUCGGACUCGGUCCCCGUGCAGUUCACCCAACAUGCUUCUUUCGGAUCCUGUUUCAGAUGAGGGACGUUUUUCCGUUCUUGAGUUUCCUGAAAAUUAA